AUGCUAGCAAGGGAACAAAAGCAACCCCAGAGGCUUUCUAGCCAAGACUGGGAAUCUUUGAAACGGUCGGAAAAUGCUCAACGCGAGUUUCGGGACAGUGUUCUGCAGCAGAAAAGUCUUUCAGAGAAAGAAAAGACUUUGACGCUUGUUGAGAGUGCUGAAGAAUUUGAAGAAAACUGGAAAAUGCUGGUCCAGUCCAAAGGACAUUACGACGAUGCUCAUGGAGCAGGCUGCGGACUGUUUAUGAAGCGCUACCAGGAAUCGGGUGAUUUGGUAUUUGGCUUCCUAAAGGACUUUUCACCCAUCGUGGAAACCAUUAAAGACUGCGCUCCUCCGUAUGGAGGAAUCGCUCUUUGUACCAUAUCGAUCCUUUUCAUCAUUGCUCGGAACAAAAAUGGCAUUGAAGCAACACUGGCGUCAACAUUAAAAUCUAUUCGAGACCGCCUACCAGGAAUUGAAAUGUAUCGAAGGAUUUAUGAUGAGGAUCAUUCUCUUGAUAAGAUUUUCCAGGGUAAACUUGUCCUAGCUUAUACCGAGUUCAUUGACUUUUGCAUUGCUGCCACGAAAUACUACAUGGGGAGUGGUUUCAAGCGCUUUUUAAGGGCCCUGGCUCCGUCGAACACAACUGUCUCACAGGCAGCUAUCUCCGUACAAGAUGCAAUUGUCGAAAUCAAACUGCUGGGAGAGGAAUUACUGGCCAAGAACGUGGAUAAAAUAAAGCAAAGCAAUGAAGAUUUGCAACAAGAAGUGCUAGCAUUGCAAGACCAGCUCACAGACAAAGAAUUGGAUGAUUUUCGUCGCACUUUUAGCCUCGAGGGAUUCUCCGAAUCCUUUCAAGAAGAGGAUCUUAAAGACUACAUCAGUUCCUUUCACAUGGACCGUGACAUCAACUCGUCAUUCCUGCAGCAAAUUGAGCCUUCCCAUCUAUCUGAGCUUGGUGUCUUCCAGGAAUGGGACUCAGCAAAAAGGUCGACUCUCUUGAUUUUGUGCGGAAAGAAUUGUUACGGCGCAUGGACGGAUAACUGCUGGCUAUCCAAGGUGGCAUUCUUUACGAUUGAAGCUCGUCGACGGACACACCCACAGCAUCAUGCCUACUACAUUUUUCCUAGGACAGGAGCACCGAUUUAUCAAGCUCUUCCCGCCAUUCUACUGCAACUGCUUUGGAAAAACAAGGCUUCAUUGCGAAUUGACAAGGAGCGGGAUGCUCUCCGCGCUGAACUACAUAAGUUUCGAAGUAACAAGUCGCCCCAAGAAUCCCACAAAUUCGGAAACAACGAACAGAUCAAUAUGCUGUUCAACAUUGCUAGCCGAGUAGUGCGACUAUUCGACAAGUCUCAGACAUUGUAUAUCACAGUCGAUAGGUCGGAUCGAUGUUUGGAUUACAAUCAGUACGAUCACCGAGAGAGAUUUCUAGACGGACUUCAACAAAUGGUUCGAGAUGCACAUUGCUGCCUAAAAGUACUGGUGGUAUUUAACGAGUCUGAAUACGAUGUUGAACAGGAACGAGAUAGAAAGGCUGACGUGGUGAUUCACAAGAUGCGUCAAAAGCCCCUCGGAGAUCCUUGA